AUGAAUGAAUCAUCAGUAAGCAGAUUUGAAAAUAUUACUGAUGAUAGUGGUAAUACAAAUGGUGGGUUUUAUUAUUUGAAAUGUAAUUGGCAAUAUAAUUCAUUUACAAUUUAUUUAACUGACCUAACAAAUGUAUGGUCAUCAAAUGUAACUACAAAAUACAUUGAAAAUAUAUUAAAACCUCAAGGAAUGUCAUUUGAUCAAUAUUUUCAAUUAUUAAAAAAAUCAUUAUUAAAACAAGAUCAAACUAAAAGAGAAUUUGAUUAUAAAAUUGAUAAAUAUAAAAGAAAAAAUAAUAAUAAUAUUAAUAAUAAUAAUGAAGAUAUUGAAUUUAUAAUAAUUAUAAUAUUAUCAGAAUUUGAUAAUAUUAAUGUAAAAUCAUCAAUACCUUUAAUUAAAUUAUCAAAUCAUUUCACUACAUUUCAACAUUAUUUCGAUUGGUUAUUUGAUAAAUAUCAAUCAUUAUCGUUACAAAAUCAAACAUUAACACUUCAAACCCAAUCAUUACAAUCACAAUUCAAUCAAUCAUUAGAACAAAAUAAAUUAUUUCAAUUGGAAAAAGAUAGAAUUGAAUCCAAUUUAAUUGAAAAAUUUAUAAUAAUUUUAAAUGAAAAAAAAAAGAAAAUUAAAGAAUAUAAACAACCAAUAAAUAAUUUAUUAUUAGAACAAAAAUCUAUAUCAUCAUCAUUAUCAAAUUGUAAAUGUAACAAUAAUAAUAAUAAUAAUAAUAAUAAAUCAAUAGUGAAUAAUAAUAAAAAUAAAUCACCUUCAAAACAACAAGUUUAUACAACUCCAAAGAAAAAGAAAAGGAAUUAUCAAUCAAAUUUAAUUAAUAUUGAUAAUGAUGACGAUGAUGAUCUUGGAAAUAAUGAUAAUGUCAAUAACAUUAAUGAUGAAAAUGAUAAUGAUAAUGAUAAUGAUAAUGAAGAAGAUUAUAAACCAACUUUUAAUAAUUCAACACCUCCAUUAUUAGAUUUACUUAGUAAUGAUUAUGAUUCUUAUUAUAAUGUACCUACAAAUGUAAGAAAGAAGUUUAAACCCACCCCAACCCUGACCACAACAACAACGACGACGACAACAACAACUACUGCAUCCAUAAUCAAAACACCAACAAAGAAAAGAAAUAGUAUAUCACCACAAAAAUCACCUCAUCACCAUCGUAAUAUUAAUAUUAAAAAAAAUAAUAAUAAUAAUAAUCCUUCCUCUCCUAUGAAAAAAUAUAAUGCGAAUGGUACCUUAAUACCAAAUAAUAAUAUUAAUUCUUUAAUUCCAAUCACCCCAAUGAAAUCGAAAUCAAAGUUAUUUAAUUUUAAUGAUGAUGAUAACCAUGACAUUGGAGCUUCUGAAUUAUUAAAUGAUCUUUAA